CACAGAAGAAGAAGACAAGAAAGCAACGAAGAAGGAAACCGGAAGCGUCGUUCCUCUUCCUGCUGGCGAUAGCUAAAGCUACGUUGGUGUCAUCGUCUUAUUGCUUUGGGGUUUGUCAACAGAAACAACAACUUUAUUUCGUGUCCAGCCACGAAUACCUAUUGUCAGUGGAGUGUCUCGAGAGAUGAACAACAACGGGAAUAAGAGAGCUCCAACUACAGCCACUCAGCGACUUAAGCAGGAUUACCUGAGGAUAAAGAAAGACCCUGUGCCUUACAUCUGUGCAGAACCGCUCCCUUCCAACAUCCUAGAAUGGCAUUAUGUAGUCAGAGGGCCUGAGAAAACUCCAUAUGAAGGGGGAUAUUAUCACGGAAAACUCAUAUUUCCUCGGGAAUUUCCUUUUAAACCACCAAGCAUCUAUAUGAUAACACCAAAUGGGAGAUUUAAGUGCAAUACAAGAUUAUGUUUGUCCAUCACAGACUUCCAUCCAGACACGUGGAACCCAGCGUGGUCCGUCUCCACCAUCCUCACAGGUCUGCUCAGCUUCAUGGUGGAGAAAGGCCCCACCCUCGGCAGCAUUGAGACCUCUGACUACACAAAAAGACAGCUGUCGGCCCAGAGCCUGGCCUUCAACCUCAAGGAUAAAGUGUUUUGUGAACUAUUUCCUGAUGUAGUCGAUGAGAUGAAGCAGAAGCAAAAGGCCCAGGAGGAGAUCAGCGCCCGCACUCAGCCCCUCCCCUUACCCGAUGUUGUUCCCGACGGAGACCCUCAGCACGCUCACUAUGGGCUCCCCGCCCUCAAUGGGGGUGCUGCCCCCCUCGGGGGCGCUAACCCUGCCCCCGGCCUGCAGCAGGCCAAUCGCAACCAUGGACUUUUAGGUGGUGCUCUUGCCAACCUCUUUGUUAUUGUGGGCUUUGCGGCGUUUGCCUACACAGUCAAGUACGUGCUGAGGAGCAUAGCCCAGGAGUGAGUGGAGCUGGGGGUGGAGGGCAGGGCUCCCCCCUGCAGGUGAGCCAGCUAUCGGACUCCAUAUUCUACAAACACCCUACGUGGGGGAGGGAUGUUGAGUCCUAAGUAAAACUCCUCCACAACCACCACCACAGACUUUGGAGGACGGAAUCUCAAAGCCGGCUAACCCAAGAAGGACUGAGAGGAGGAGUGCCGGGGAAUUGGAGGGGCUUAUUAAAACGGUUACGACCUACUGUGUGCUUCAGUGGUUUGUGUCUGUAGCAGGGACAAACUUGGCUCAUGGGUUGGGGAAGAGUGUAGAACUAAAGAAGGCGUGCUGGAGGAAGGUCACCACUAAAGAAAGACGGUCAAUGGGGCCAUUGUUCUCAUGAACGUUACCGAAUAAAGCGUGAGUCGGUAAUUCUCAGAGCAGGCUACUCCAUGUCCAUCUCUUAAGAGAAGUAUUCCCCCCUGCAGUGUUAGUCAUUCAUCCAAUCGUAGAGGCUCCUCAAGCUGUGACUUCAUGCUGUUGCAGAGACAAAUGUUUAAGUCAAGACCAGUUGUCCCGCAUAAGUGUGCAUUUGAAAGGUCUUCAACUUAAUGUGAUGCAAGUGCACAUAACGUCUGUUUCCAUUUGGCACUUUUCAUUUGCUAUCUGUAAGGCUUCAGCAGCUGUAUAACUGGUUUAUCCACUUCUAAUGUAGCUGUGGAGGUGGAAAUGUAACCUGUUUUUCUUUCCUUUGCAAUGUGUUGGUCUUCAGCUGAAAUUUAACACGAAUGAAUUAUACACACAAAUAUUAAAGACUACUCUUGACAAAGAUCAUGCUGACACUUUUGAGGAGGGCAGUAAAGCAUAUAACUCGUUAGGUACCACAUGUGAGGCUAGUGCAGGAAGAAGUCGUCCUACAGAAAUGUUGCUGAGUGAGUGAACUUUGCGGUCGUUAAAAUACCGUGCAUCGUAAAGUUGAAACUCAGGUCCAGACAUUCCUUCCCAUCAACCUGUGAGCCAAGCGGUGAACCCAGGGCACACAAGUAAAUAGACCAGCAGGUUUUUUUUUUUUUUUUUUUUGCUUGGGUGACCAAUAUAGCACCAAUCUAUAACGAGAACCGACAUGUUUCUUUAUAUUUUCUUUCUGAUAAUUAUUUUGGUUGUUUUAGUUUCUCUUAUUUAUAGAAACUGCCUUGUCUUUUCUGUCACAGACACCCAGACGGACCACAGGCCGGGCUCACGUAACUGCUGUCAUGCAUUGCAUUUAGUGAAGAUGGUUCCACUGUGUAUCAAAUGUUCAACAGCAAAGUGUUUGAAAGCAGAAUAUUUGCCUUUUUGUCAUUUCUUUGGAACCAUCUUAGAAAAAGACAAACUUCUGAGUGCGUUUUUGUGUGAUUAUACAGCAAAUGCACAAAUUUCCAUGCUUCAGUUAUUCGCGUGUGACAUUGUAUGUUUUCAUAGUAAAUGCAAAUCAAUAACUGCUUGGCAGGGUAUUUUAGAAAACCUUUUUGUUUUCUAAUCUGCUUCGGUGACAGAUUGUAUUUCAAAAUGUCACAUCAAACAUCAAGGGGGUUGUUGUUGUAUAAAGAGCUCAAGGUUUAAUGUUCUUUAAAUAAAGACGUCCUUCUCAUGAAACGA